AUGAGCUUAUCACCUAGCCAGCCUGUGGAGGAUCCCACUAAAGAAGACAUCCAGAAGGAGGAAGUAAAGCAACUAAAAUCUCCUUCCCCACCACGGAGCAAGCUGGAAGCAUUCUUGAGAAAGGAACUGGAAUUCCUGGGGGCAGCACAGACCAUGAUUGGCCUUAUCUGCUUCUUCUUUGGAGUAAUUCAUAAAUUCAUUCUGAAUUUUCUAAAACAUAAGAAGGACCUUUUCUCAACCUUUCACAUGGGCUAUCCAAUAUGGGGAGGAUUACUGUUCACCAUUUCUGGAUUUCUGUUGAUUGCAUCUGAAAGAAAAGGCACCAAAUGUCUGGUACAAAGCAGCCUGGUGAUGGCCAUUCUCAGUUCUGUGGUCGCAGGAAUUGGGAUAUGGAUUAUCUGGUCUGAUCUGAAGCAAAUAUCUUCUAUUUUUUAUCAAUGCCAGAAUCAACAAACUGGAGAUUUUUGCUUUGCAGUUACUUUUUUAACUGAAACUGCAGUCAUGGUCUUAUUCCUCACUGUCCUGGAAUUGGGAAUUGGUAUAUUACUCUCUGUCAAUGAAAUAAUUGGAAAAAUAGUGGAAACAUGGAUUGCAAAGCAUCGCAAAACUCACCAUGAAGCUUUUUAUGAAGAAUUACCCAUUUAUUACCCAAUCACUGAAAAUGUAGAGCUACUGAGACAAGGGUCUGUAUCCAUUGGCCCAAAAGAUACAAGUGAAUCCAGGGAGUCACUUCAUUCAAGAAUAUAUCAAUCACCAGAAGAGCUCCAGAAAACUUAG